AUGGAGUGGAAAAUACUUCCCAUCUGCUUGUCGCUGCUGCUCCCGGCUCUCUUGAUUCAACAAGUUUCAUCUCAAGAUUUAUCAAGCUGUGCAGGGAGAUGUGGGGAAGGGUAUUCUAGAGGUGCCACCUGCAACUGUGAUUAUAACUGUCAACACUACAUGGAGUGCUGUCCUGAUUUCAAGAGAGUCUGCACUACAGAGCUCUCCUGCAAAGGUCGCUGCUUCGAGUCCUUCGCACGAGGGAGAGAGUGCGACUGUGACUCCCAGUGUAGAGAGUUUGGCAAGUGCUGUGAUGACUAUGACAGUUUCUGUGAAGAAGUAAAAGAUAACAAGAAAAAUACUCCUAAAAAGGAACCUAAUCCAGAACCACGAGGUGUAGAUGAAGCUGGAAGUGGACUGGAUAAUGGCACUGAUCACUUGGCCAGAGAACUCAACCAUGGCAUUAACAUCAAUCCCAUGCUAUCAGAUGAGAUGAAUUUAUGCAAUGGUAAACCAGUGGAUGGACUGACUACUUUGCACAAUGGGACAUUAGUUGCAUUUCGAGGUCAUUAUUUCUGGAUGCUAAAUCCAUUCAGACCACCAUCUCCACCACGAAGAAUUACAGAAGUAUGGGGCAUUCCUUCCCCUAUUGACACUGUUUUCACUAGAUGCAACUGUGAAGGAAAAACUUUCUUCUUUAAGGAUUCUCAGUACUGGCGUUUCACCAAUGAUGUACAAGACGCUGGCUAUCCUAAACAGAUUGUCAAAGGCUUUGGAGGACUAACAGGGAAGAUAGUGGCAGCUCUUUCAGUAGCCAAGUACAAGGACAGGCCUGAAUCCGUGUACUUUUUCAAGAGAGGUGGCAACAUUCAGCAGUACACUUAUAAACAUGAGCCCAUGAGGAAGUGCACUGGACGGAGGCCUGCCAUAAACUACUCAGUAUAUGGGGACACAGCGCAGGUCAGGAGGCGCCGCUUCGAGCGUGCUGUUGGCCCUUUCCAGACACACACCUUCAGAAUCCAUUACUCGAUGCCCAUGAGAGUCGCUUAUCAAGACAAGGGUUUCCUCCAUAAUGAAGUCAAAGUGAGCACAAUGUGGAGAGGGUUUCCAAAUGUUGUUACUUCAGCAAUAACACUGCCUAACAUUAGAAAACCUGAUGGCUACGAUUACUAUGCCUUUUCUAAAGAUCAAUACUAUAACAUCGAUGUGCCAACUAGAACAGCAAGAGCAGUUACUACUCGUUCUGGGCAGACUCUCUCCAAAAUCUGGUACAACUGUCCUUAG